AUGGGUGGUGGAAGAGGUAGUAGAAUAUUAGUGACUACUCGUAAAGAAAGCGUUGCAAUGACCAUCCGCCAUGAAAGCGUUGUAAGGAUUAUCGGGACAGUUCAAUCAUAUUUCUUAAGGGGUUUAGAUAGAGAAGCGUCAUGGUCUUUAUUUAAGCAGCUGGCAUUUGAGAACAGACAAGAGCCGAAGAAUUCAAGCAUUGUAGCAAUUGGGAUGGAGAUCUUAGAGAAAUGUUCAGGUGUCCCUUUAGCCAUAAGGACAAUUGAAAGAUUACUAAGCUCCAAAAAUCCUAAAACAGAGUGGUCGUCUUUUAAGAACAAUGAACUCUCAAAAAUAUCUCAGAAUGAAAAUGACAUCUUACCAACUCUGAAGCUGAGUUAUGAUCAUCUUCCUUCUCAUUUGAAGCACUGCUUUGCUUAUUGUAGCUUAUUUCCAAAGGAUUACACAAUUAGCAAAUCAAUACUGAUUAAGCUUUGGAUUGCACAAGGGUUUAUCAAGUUAUCGGAUCAAAAUAGAUGCUUGGAAGAUGUUGGCCAUGAGUAUUUUAUGGAUUUACUAUGGAGAUCAUUCUUUCAAGAAACUAAAAUGGAUUAUAUUGGUGACAUAACUGAAUGCAAAAUACACGACCUCAUGCAUGAUCUUGCCAUAUUAGUGGCAGGAUCGUUGAUCACCACGUUAGAUGAUAAGGAGACAUCCAUUGAUGAGAAAACUAGUCAAGUAUCAGUUGCUUAUCAUAUAAGUAGUAGUUCAUCUCAAGUUUCAACUUUAUUGUGUAAAGCAACUAGGAUGCGAACAUUUCUUUGCCUUAGCAACAAGAACUUUGAGGCUAAUAUUGAUUGUGAUGCAACCUUUUCAAGUUCCAAGUUUUUACGCGUGUUGGAUUUGAAUAAGAGAUAUGACACUAAAACUCUCCCGUUGUGUGUUACUAGAAGAAUUGCCGAGAGACAUUAA